AUGUCCUCAAGACAAAAAACACCAAAGAAGCCAAAGGCAGCGAAGGAAGCCGAGAAACAAACACGACACCUCCCGCCUUCAACGGUCCUCAAAAAUGUCGGCCGCGCAGCAGCGCUACUCCUUAUCGCGGGCAUUGCAUCUCCAGUCUCGCAACUAAACUUAUCACCUGUGUAUGGAUCCAUCCCCGCCUCACUACACCACCAGCGGACCAUGACUCUCACCGCUGUCGCCGCCUUAAUCGGCCGCCGAGGACUCAAGAGCUAUGUCUCCGCAAGUGUUGCCGACUAUAUCGCUGUAAUUGCGUACUGGACACCAGUUCUGCAGUUCUUGCUAUUUCCGUAUAGUGCAAAGCUCGGAAUUGAGUAUGGACCGCUAAUCAUUGAGGCUUUCACGUAUUUCCCGUUGCUUUUUCUAGCCGUGUAUGCGGCAGGCGAUUUCCUGGAUACAGUGGAUUUGGAGCGGUUCAAUCUUCCGGCUUCCCUGGGGGAAAUUGCGAUGCCGACAGCAACUUAUUUCACGGUAUCGACUGUAGCCAAGCUCAGCAGCGCCCUGGUUCCUAACUUUGUUGGAACAUCUCUGUACUUUACACGCGUCGGUCUGCAGAUGCUACUCGCAUCCGCAUCCGCCUUUGUCACACCAUCACGCGUAAUCUUCCUCGCCUUCCCAGCAAUUCUGCACACGCUCUGGGCAAAUCCGCACCAUUUCUCAGAGCAUGCUUUUCAAUUGGCGAAUUCUACCUUGGUAUCAACGCAAAACUACACUCUCCUUGCCCGCCAGGAAUCGAUCACUGGAUACAUCUCAGUCGUGGAGAACUACGCUGAUAACGCUUUCCGCCUCCUUCGUUGCGAUCAUUCAUUGUUAGGAGGCGAAUGGCUUGUUACGCCCGAAGCCUACAAAAAGGGCCAACGACAGCGAGAAUCGAUCUUCGCUGUCUUCGUUUUACUCGAAGCCGUGCGUCUUAUUGAGCCACCUAUCACGGCUGAAUCCUCCACUCCCAUCCUUCUCGACGACAGCCAGAAAUCCGCCCUAGUCAUUGGUCUCGGUAUCGGCACAGCGCCUAACGCUAUGAUCGGGCAUGGCAUCAAUACGACGAUUGUAGAGCUAGAUCCUGUAGUCCACCACUACGCGACGAAGUACUUCAACCUCAGCCCCAAUCACACAGCUGUCAUCGACGAUGCAACCGCCUAUGUCUCCUCCAAGUCCGUUACAAACCCUGGCUCUUUCAACUACAUAAUCCACGAUGUGUUCACCGGCGGCGCGGAACCCGUGUAUCUCUUCACUACAGAGUUCAUGAAAGGCUUGUACAACUUAUUGACCGACGAUGGAGUGGUGGCAAUCAAUUAUGCAGGAGACCUAACGCUGGGAAGUACAAAGCUCGUAUUGAACACCAUUCAUGCCGUGUUCCCAGCUUGCAGGCUAUUCCGCGACGCGCCCGCUCCGGAGACGCCAAAAGAGGGCGAACCAGAUUUCAUCAACAUGGUCGUGUUCUGUGUGAAGAACGACCACGGAAAGGGCAAGUCGGCGGUAAACUUCAGGCAGACUACGAAUGCAGACUACCUAGGGAGUAUCGCACGUCAAAACUUCUUGCAGCCAAGAAAGGAACUGGAGGUCAAGUACAAAUAUGUGCGCCCGGAGAAAGGUGGUAGAGUCAUGGGUAAUGCAGAUGUGGGCGAGUUGGUAAAGUAUCACAAGGAGGGCGCUGUCAGUCAUUGGAAGAUCAUGAGGAGUGUGCUUCCAGAUGGGGUGUGGGAGACGUGGUGA